AUGAGCAGUAGACGCAGGAGAAACUGUGUGAAGAACCGCUGCUUUGACUGGAAAAGCUUCAGGAGACCGUUUUCUACAGAGAAACUACAGAAGCCUGCAUGGACCAAACAUGAGGAUGAGAAGCUGCAGCGUUUGGUGAAGGAGCUGGGGACCAACUGCUGGAGCCUGGUGUGUCUGCAAUUUAAGGACCUACGCUCGGAACUGGACUGUCAGCGCCGAUGGAACCACAUGAAGAACCCAGAGCUGGUGAAGGGCCCCUGGACCCCAGAGGAGGACCUGAAGGUUGUGGAGCUGGUGAGAAGGUUCGGUGUGAAGCACUGGUCCAUCAUUGCCAAACACCUGCGCAGUCGAAACGGGAAGCAGUGCCGCGAGCGCUGGCACAACCACCUGAACCCUUCGGUGAACAAGAGCCGCUGGACUCAGCACGAAGACCUGAUCAUCUGCAAAGCCCACCGAGUCCUGGGCAACCGCUGGGCCCAGAUGUCUACGCUGCUACCUGGACGCACUGAUAACUCCAUUAAGAACCACUGGAACUCGACUCUAAAGAGGAAGGUGGACAGAGAGGGGUUUCUGCGCACUCAGCCCGACUACUCCCUCAGCUCGUCUGUGUCAUCAGUGUCGUCUGUGUUUACACGGAGCAGAGAUCACCAGGUCAGGGGGCGGGGCUACACAGAGCUGAGGUCACCGCAUCAGGGGCGGGGCUACACAGAGCUGAGGUCACCGCAUCAGGGGCGGGGCUACACUGAGCAGAGGUCAUCGCAUCAGGGACGGGGCUACACAGAGCAGAGGUCACCAGGUCAGGGGGCGGGGCUACAGGGAGCAGAGAUCACUGCGUCAGGAGGCGGGCUACACAGAGCAGAGGUUACCGAGUCAGGGGGCGGGGCUACACGGUGCAGAGGUUACCGAGUCAGGGGGCGGGGCUACACGGUGCAGAGGUUACUGAGUCAGGGGGCGGGGCUACACGGAGCAGAGGUUACCGGGUCAGGGAUCGAAACAGUGUCAAAUGAGGGAGACAUGUCCACGUGCACCUCCUCCUUCACCCACACGGCGUCCUUCAGCCGCGCUGCUGUGUGUUCGCCCUCCUGCUCCUCGCCCUCAGACCUGGACUCCUCUCUCAGCUGUGAGCUGGACAUAGAUCUGAUGGAUGUGCAAACCGCUGACUGGAGCCACACCCCCAGUGAUCUGCUAUCCCCAGAGAAGCCGCCAAUCAGGAGUGAGGACACUGAGAGCUCACCCAAUGGCCUGCCUUCACCAGGGAAGCAACCAAUCAGGAAGGAGGACACUGAAAACUCCAUCAAAGACUGGAGCAACAGCUACAUCAUCGGGAUCCAAGAGCAGAUUCAGUCUAACGAUGGAAACCUGAUGGGGUUCUCUCCUUCUGAGUGGCUGUGCUCAGUGGAGGAGCUGGUCCUCUGUCCUCCUCUCACCUCAACUCCUCUGAAAGGUCCUGUUCCCCCGGAGAGACCAGAGACUGCGGGGACGCCUUUAGAGCUGAGAGAGAUCAGAACUCUGUUGAUGUCUGCACCUCUGACCCCCACCCCGCUGAGGACAGGGCCCCUUGCCCAGGUCGAGCCUCGCACAGACCAGACCAGUCCAGUGUUGCCUAGCAGCAGCUCUGAGGUGGUGGGUCUCAGUCUGCUAGGCUCAGUGCAGCUGAAGUUAAGCUCCGUCCCCUCUGCCUCUGGCCCCACCCCCUGGUUACACCCUCUGUGUGAGGAGCUCGGCUGUUUCCCUCUGGAGGGGGAUGUGGGGGGACAGGUGGAGGUGUGGUGGUGUGAGGGGGGCUACCUGCACUCACCUGUGUGCCACGCCCACACCAGCCACUUUGAGCUGAGCGGGGAACUGCAGGUCGUGUUAGUCGGACAGACAGACGACCAGAUGUCCCUCACUGAGCAGGCCAGGCUCUACGUGCAGACCUGA